GCGCCGCCGUUGUUUGAAAUGCGGAAGCAAAAAAAAUGGGGGAAGGUUGUAAUUUUUUCGAGCUGAUCAAGAUCAGGUUCAGGACUGCCGGCAAAGAUCUUUUGACUCGAUCAUCGUGUUGUCGGUCUUCGAACGAAGUUCUAAAAAAGUUCAUUCGCUGCGACAAGGCACCUUAUAGCCCCCGCACAAAAUCAUGUUCCGCGCCUCACUUCCCCUGCAGGCGCGGACCGGGCAGCGGAAGCGGUCGAGCUUUCACCUGUGGAAGAGACGGACCAAUGCCGCACGGGUGCUGCAGUCGUUUCACACGACGGACGAUAUCGACCCGUUCAGCAAGUACCAGUGGAUUGCGCACCCCUUCCAAAAAUGGAACAUGCCCUCCACGGCGCCGGACGCCCGACCCCACGUCAGUCUUAAAGCCAUCUCCCACUACGACGAGACGAAGGGAUGGUUUCACAUCAUAGACUGCAAGGGGUGGGGCGUCGGAAGACUUGGUAUAGACGAUGGCAUUGUGGAUGGAGCUGCUUUUCUAGGUGGUUGUUGAAGUUAAGAUUGCGAUCAUUAAAAGUGCUUAGCUGAAGGUUUUCUGUUGCUAGAAAUUCAACUGGAAUCAAUCAAGCUCCUCAUCAAUCCUAUCAGGAACCAGAGUCGCGUCUCUGCUCCUUGGCAAGCACCGUUGCGACCGCAAAAAGCGAGCAAUGCACGGCGAUUCGGUGAUUCUUGUAAACGCCAUCCAUGUCACUUUUCCUGGUCACACGUGGGACACCAAAAUGUACAAGUUCUACAAGACGCACCGCUGGCUGGACCCAAGAGGGGCGAAAAUCAUCACGGCGAAGCGGUUGUUUUUCUUGAACCCGAGCAUGAUUAUGAAUCUCUGUGUGAAACGGAUGCUGCGAAGUAAUUUCUUGCGCAACCCAAUGUAUCGGAGGCUGAUGGUCUACCCAGGAGCUAUUCACCCACACUGGAACAUACCACAAGUCGUCGUGCCAGUCCGGAAAGGAGAGGCGAUGGGCGCUGUUGCACGUACUAGCUUGAUAUUUUUUUUCACGUAAAGGAAAAGUUCAGAUGAAUACUGCAGUUCCUCCUGCUUUGCUUUUGUAAAUGUUGACCAUCGCCGAUUGUGGUCUGUAUUCGCGGUUUUCAAAUAACACCCCAGGUUCCUCCCAAGACGGCGUGAUACCCGAGGCCUUUUCCGUUACCAUGGAAGAAAGCGCAACCACCAACGUGCUUUUUGCAAUCAGAAAGGAGCAGAAGCUCACAUCCGAACAACUCCUCGCCAUAGCAAAGAAGGAGGAACUCGCAGUGCCCGACAUGGCUGGCGUGGAGGAGAAUGAAAUAUUGCCAAGAGAGUACGCAACCUCAAUGCCUGAGUACAAGAGCGGGAAGAGAAACACUGCGCUUCCCCCCACGUACCACGCCUAUCCGAAUCUUCGUUCACCGUAGAAGAGUUCUUGCGCACAAAGAAUACAGCUGGAAUGUCAACAUCAAGGUUUGCUUUCUACUGCAUGUUUUGCAAGAAACGAACGCGUUCUAUCCGCUACCAUGUGUUUGCAAGGACAGUCUUGUUUCGCGUGCUGUCUUUGCAUAGAGCUUAUCUUAAGAAUUGAAAGAAGCGAAAAAUGGUGCUAAU